AUUAUUAUUGAUACAGUUAUAUGGUUUUGGUGUCGACACCGAUCCACAAGAAUCUGACAGUCAUUUCAUUUGAAUUGAUAUUUUUAUUUAAAUAAUUUAAUUGCUAUUAUAUUUCGGGAAUCAAUAUGUGCGGAAUCUUUGCAUAUCUUAACUAUUUUGAGCCCAAAACUCGUCGCGAAAUAUUGGAAUUUCUUAUCAAAGGAUUACAGAGAUUAGAGUAUAGAGGAUAUGAUUCCGCAGGUGUUGCUUUUGACUUUGAUGACGGCGCCAUUGAGAUUAUCAGAGCACCGGGAAAAGUGAGAGUUCUUGAGAAUGCCAUUUGGGACAGAAGUGACUUCAAUUUGGACCACACCUAUGAUGUGCACAUCGGUAUAGCGCACACCCGUUGGGCAACUCAUGGCGCGCCAUCCGAGUUCAAUAGCCAUCCUCAGAGAUCCAGUGAUAAUAACGAGUUUGUUGUCGUUCACAACGGAAUUCUUACCAAUUAUAAAGAUGUCAAACAGUUUCUGAUUAAAAAAGGGUAUACCUUUGAAUCUGAUACCGACACUGAAGUUAUUGCAAAGUUUGCGCACCAUUUGUAUAAAAAGCAACCAAAUAUCAAGUUUAGGGAAUUAGUGGAACAAGUUAUACAACAACUUGAAGGGGCGUUUGCAUUGGUCUUCAAAAGUAAAUACUUUCCGGGAGAAUGUGUGGCCACCAGAAGAGGCAGUCCACUACUUGUAGGCAUCAAAACAAAGACAAACCUAAUCUCAGACCACAUUCCUAUUAUUUAUAGCAGUAAAGAGAUUAAGAAAAUGAGUUUAACGGCAAAGAAUUCAUUGGGUGACGACCGGUGGGAACACCGGUUGGCGGUUAGCCGUCAAAAUAGCAUUAUAUCUGAUGAUGACGAAGAUCUUCAUCCGCGACAAAAUGGUUUGUCGACCAAUUCAGUUGUGGGCGGAAAGUUGGCCCGAUCUGAGUCGACCACACAGUUUACUCCAUUGAAUGACGACAAAAUGGUAGAGUAUUUGUUUGCAUCGGAUGCCAGUGCUAUCAUUGAACACACCAAUCGUGUCAUAUAUCUGGAGGACGACGACGUGGCCUCUAUUGAAGCCGGGUUGUUGACAAUACAUCGACUUAAGCGUACACUCGAUGACACAUCACUGACACGAGAGAUACAAACCUUAAAGUUAGAGAUCCAGCAGAUAAUGAAAGGCAACUUUGACUCAUUCAUGCAGAAGGAGAUCUUCGAACAGCCGGAGUCUGUCAUCAAUACAAUGCGUGGAAGAGUCAACUUCGACAACAACGACACUGUUAUCUUGGGUGGCAUUAAGGACUAUAUUCCUGAAAUCAAACGCUGCAGACGUUUGCUAUUAAUUGGUUGCGGAACCAGUUAUCACAGUAUUAUUGCUACGAGACAGAUAUUAGAAGAAUUGACAGAAUUGCCAGUAAUGAUAGAGUUGGCGAGUGAUUUCCUCGACAGAAACACACCUAUUUUCAGAGACGACGUCUGCUUCUUUGUCUCACAAUCGGGAGAAACGGCUGAUACUCUGAUGGCAUUACGUUAUUGCAAACAAAGAGGCGCUUUAAUUGUUGGUAUAACUAAUACUGUGGGCAGUAGUAUAUGUCGGGAAAGUCACUGUGGAGUUCAUAUUAAUGCGGGACCAGAGAUAGGAGUUGCGUCCACUAAGGCAUAUACCAGUCAAUUCAUAUCUCUAGUUAUGUUUGCUUUGGUUAUGAGUGAAGAUCGCAUCUCACAACAGCCCCGUAGGAGCGAAAUAAUACAGGGAUUAAAACGAUUGCCCGAUCAGAUCAAACAGGUUCUCGAACAGGACUGUCAGGUACUUGAAUUGGCUAAAGAUUUAUAUCAACAAAAAUCUCUUCUUCUUAUGGGUCGCGGUUGGAAUCACGCAACUGUUCUCGAGGGAGCACUGAAAAUAAAAGAGUUAACUUAUAUGCAUUCCGAGGGCAUACUGGCCGGUGAACUAAAGCACGGACCACUUGCACUCAUCGAUAACUCUAUGCCUGUCAUUAUGGUUGUCACCAGAGAUCCUGUUUAUCCCAAAUGCAUGAAUGCAUUGCAACAGGUGUUGGCUCGUGACAGUCGACCCAUUAUUAUCUGUGAAGACAACGACACCGAAACACAGAAGUAUAGCUUCCGUUCGCUACAAACUCCACACACUGUCGACUGUUUGCAGGGAAUCUUAACUGUAAUACCACUUCAAUUGCUUUCAUAUCAUAUCGCUGUACUUCGAGGCUGUAAUGUUGACUGUCCUCGAAAUUUGGCCAAAUCUGUUACCGUUGAAUAACUGCUUAUUUAAAUAUAUUUUUUACUUUAUAAUUAUU